CUCACUCACUGCCCAUGCGCACCGCACAGCCACCACGAACGAUCGAGAGGCACACUCUUGCACGGCACAAUUAAGGUGGCAAUCGGUUGGAGGAAACAAGCAGGCCGCGUGUGCCCAUCAAUCAAAACACAGACUGACUGGGUACAUAUGGGACAAGUGAAUGAGUGAGUGAUCGCGUGGUCGAGCCAUCGAUGGAUCGAACUUCCGCUUUCCUUGCUUGCUUGCUUGCUCGCUCACCCACAACACACACACACACGCGACACCAGGCAGGCAUCCUUCCCUUCCCGUGCACACAGAUGGAUACACACAGACAGCAUGCCAGGCACCCCACCUCCUCCCGGCCCGUCCAAGGCAGGUAGGUAGGAAGGCACACAGACACACAGAUCGAAGGGACGCUACUCACACCAUUCAUCCAUCCAUCCGUCCAUCCAGCUGUCUGUCCCCCCAUGACCACAGCCACCAAGAACGAUCGAAGGCACACUCUUGCACGAGCUGGCAGUCGGCCGUCAAUGGCUGCUGGAGCUCAUCAACAAAACAGACUGGACAAGUGAGUGAGUGAGUGAGUGAGUAAGCGAGUCGUCGUGUCAUCUGAUCAAGCCAUCGAUCGAACUCCUUCCUUCCCUCCUUGCUUGCUCACCCACAACACACAGGCAGCGUCGGCCAUACAUCACAUCACUCCCGUGCUAUAUAUGCACACAAUAGACAGACAGACAGACAGCAUGCCAUGCCAUGCCAUGCCAGGCACCCCACCCCCUCCCGUCGAAGCCAAUGCAGGUAGGUAGGUAGGCACACAGACAGACAGACUAGGGAGGCUACUGAGGUCCGAUGCACUGCAGGCGGCCGCCAACGCGCUCCCAUUUCCUCUCGUAUUCCCUCCUCGCCCUUCGCCGCCGUCCACCUGCUGCUGCAGCGGCAGCUCCUCCCGCCGCCGCCGCCGCUGCCGCACCGCUGGGUGGGGGCUGCUGGUGCUGGUUGUGGUUCUGCUUGCGCUUCUUGCGCGCGCCGAGGUGCUCUGUGUCUGACUCGGUGUCGUCCUCGGGCGCACCCCUGCAACAAAUCACACACACACACGCAAUCCAUCAGGUGCUUGGCCGUGAAUGUGGGCGUGUGUGUAUACGUGUGUGUGUGUCUCUAUGCCGACGUACCGCUUGCGGCUGCCGCCCACGUUGGCAUGAACAUCCUGCAUCAGCUCGUCGUCACCAUGGCCAGCAGCUGCAGCAGCAGCCGCAGCAGCUCCUGAGGCCUUGGAUGGCACCACACGAGCCAAGCCUGCGGAGAAAGGACACAGUUGUGUCGGGUUUCCUCAGUCACUCCACUCACUUACCGUCGCCAACCUCCAUAUGGUCAUCGGCGUAGCGGUGCAACGAUUCCCUCAAGAAGCCAUGUGAGCGGCCGGGUGGCUUGAAGAUCUUGCCGGCCAACUCAUCAUGUGUGCCAAACUCCUCGUCCGUAUCGGUCAACAACGUGCCCACACGACGGCCGCGUGGGGCCGGGGGCAAGGGAGGCACUGAGAGGCAGACAAACAACAAGUGCCAGCAAAGAGGGGCCCAUUUUCUUUCUCUCUCUUUGAGGGGGACAGGCGGGGUCAGUUUGGCUGUCUGUGUGGCCUUGCGUGUGCGGGUGUUUGCAUACCAGAAGCAGCGUCGUCCCCCCUGUAGUUGUCCAUCUCAGCCUCCAGGUCCAAUUGCAUCCGACGGCCGCGUGGGGCCGGGGGCGGGGGCAGUGGGGGAGGCACUGACAGACAGACAGACCGACAGACAGACAGCCAACCGCGUCGGCAGAUGAGGGGCAUGUGUGUGACCGAUGGGUGUGUGCGUAUCUGCUUACUCUGGUCAUUCUCCUCAUCCAUCUCGUCCAUGUUCGACAACAACUUCAUAGGCCGUCCGCCGCGAGGGGGCGGGGGCGGACCACGGGCAAAGGCGGUACCUGACGGAGGAGGACACACAGAGCAGGGUGAGGAGGAAACACGCUAUGAGUGCCUGCCUGCCUGCACACGCACCUUCGGCAGCCAUCGUAGAGCACCACUGUCUGCCCGCCUCAGUGAGGCCGACGUUCGGCGCGAUGGAUCGGUACUCGCGGAUCUGCACCAGGCAGGCAGGCAGCAGCCACGCAGAGAAUGAGGCAGCAUAUGUGUGUAUGUGUGCAGCGAUCCGAUCCACACCUCGGUGUAUGCCGUGUCGAACAAACUCCUGCCCUGCCCAUGGUCCACAGCAGCGGCAGCCGCGGCGGCAGCGGCACUGGCGGACCCUCCUCGGUUAUGUGUGUAUGUGUCCUUCUUCAACGCGGCCAACACACAGGAAGCGAUGCAGCCAGUCCGGGAGACGCCUGUGUGGGCAGCAAACAGACACGCAGACAAGGACACAUGUAUGUGUGCGUGGGGCGGUGUGUGCAUCUGACUGGUCGGCUGGCUGUUAGUUAGUGCAGCCAGUGGAUGGGCUCUCACUGACUCAAGUGACUCACUCACGCACUCACCGGCGCGGCAGUGGAUCAGCAGGGUGGUCUCCGGAUCCUCGAGGGCCUUCAGGCAGAAGUCUAUGGCUGCGACUCCAGCUGUCGCGAAAUUGUGCACUCCGUCGUCACUGCCGUCCUGCAUACACACGGAGAGAAUGAGAUAUCGACUGCUCGUCCUUCUGCGUGUGUGUGUGGUGUUUGUCCGCCCACCUUCAUGUUUUUGACGUCGCAGAAGGUCACCUCCGGCAGGUCGUUGCCCUUGGAGGCGCAUGUGUACUCGCCCCCCGCCGUGUCGCCCGCCGCCAAGUUGCACACAUGGGUGACCUUGGCCGUCUUGAGGAACUGACAGAUGGACAGGCAAACAAAGCAAUGUGUCACCACAGAUGCCGAUGCGAUAUCGUCCUCAGCACACAGGGGUACGUGAAUUACCUACCUUUGUGUCGUGUGCGGCCUCCCUGCUCCCUAUCAGCAGCUUCCCCUUGGCCUCGCCCAAAUCGUAUAUACGAACGACGUUCCUCCGAGACAGCAGACACACACAGAGAAGGAUGAUUUGCAUGGUCGCCUCGUCUGCAGCCCUCCCCAUUGCUAGCGCAUCGCACGUACUCCUGGUGGUAUUCGAAUAUGGUGUUAGUGAGCGGGUCUGUGCGGUCCAUUCUGUGGGUGCGGUUGCCCUUGGGCGACGGGCGGUUGGCUGGCGCAGAAUGCAUACGACAGACACAGGGAGGGAACGGACAGAAUUCCCUCACGUCGUCCCCUCGCUCACCCACUGAUUCCCUCCCUCCCUCCGUCACCUGCUCCGGCGUCCAGCUCCGCCUCGGUGUCGAUGCUCAGCAGCCGCAGUUUCCUCAUGCUCAGCACCGGCUGCCACACCUACCAGCAAAAAUCAAGGCAACGCGGUCGCAUGCAUGGCGAAUGCGAUGCAGCGGACUCAUGCAUGCCGCAAAUGGCGUGUGGCGGCGGCCACUUACGUACCGCUGGCAAUGCGGUCCACCGCAAUGCAAUGAUGCAAUACAGACGAGCGACAAACGGGCCAGUCAGCUCACUUGCUCUGUUGCCUCAUG